GCAACGCCAGGCUUACUGCAUUUCCGCAUCUUGUUCCUGUCGCCGCCGCAGCCGCCGUCGCCGUCACCCGUUGCUUUCAUCCUUGUAGUUCCAUCCAGUUCCAGUCGUUGCCACAGCCGGAGUCACCAUGCCCAUGGCCCACCCACUGCCGCUCUGCGUGGCCUGGCUGCUGCUCCUCGUCGUGAUUGUGAUGAGCGACAUGACAAACGGCGGUGUGCAGGGACCCAUCGAGGGCUACAAUUCGCUGGACGACCUGCUGACAACCACGCCCACUCCCGGCCAGGCGGCCCUCCUCCUGCCCACCGCGCCCACCGUCGCCUACACCCAUCCCAAGUGGAUGGAGCCCUACUUCGAUCCCUCGACGCCGCGCAAUGUCACCGCCCUCAUGGGCAAGUCCGCCUAUCUCAGCUGCCGUGUGCGCAAUUUGGCCAACAAAACGGUGUCCUGGAUCCGGCACCGCGACAUCCACAUACUGACGGUGGGCUCGUACACCUACACCAGCGACCAGCGGUUCCAGGCGACCCAUCACCAGGACACGGAGGACUGGACACUGCAGAUAAAGUGGGCCCAGAAACGGGACGCCGGCAUGUACGAGUGCCAGAUAUCGACGCAGCCAGUGCGCAGCUAUUUCGUCCGCCUGAAUGUCGUGGUGCCAACGGCCACCAUCCUGGGAGGUCCUGACCUUCACGUGGAUAAAGGCAGCACCAUAAAUCUCACUUGCACUGUAAAGUUCAGCCCCGAACCGCCGGCCUACAUCUUUUGGUAUCAUCACGAGGAGGUCAUUAAUUAUGAUUCAUCAAGAGGCGGCGUGUCGGUAAUUACCGAAAAGGGCGAUGUGACAACCUCAUUUCUGCUCAUACAGAAUGCAGAUCUGGCCGAUUCGGGCAAAUACUCCUGUGCGCCCUCCAAUGCAGAUGUGGCCAGUGUGCGUGUGCAUGUCCUAAAUGUUCGGGCCAUAAUUUCAGGUGAACAUCCGGAGGCAAUGCAAACUGGCUCAUCCGGUUGUCAGUACAAUUGGCUGACCAUCGUCCUGCUGCUGGGCCUCGUCCUUUGCUACAGUAGUCAACAGUGCAGCUCGGCAGUGCCAGCGUCAUUAACAUCGCCAUUACCAUUACCAUCGCAAUUACCAUUGCCGGCGGCAACAACAACUGCAACGGGAGAAAGUGCAUCCAGUGAAAGUGUGACAGCCGCAAGAGCAUCAUCAUCAUCAACAGCAACAGCAACAACGUCUACAGAAGCGAGGAAGCGGUGUCCUGCGGUCAAAAGUUGUCGCCAGACCGCCGGUCAUGUCCUGGCCAAAAGGUCCUGCCACAGAUGAUCGAACCCCAACUAAAUAGAGUAAUUCAAGGAGCCACAUGAAAUGUGUGCGAGAGUGUUCGACUAGGAAGCAUCAAUGAGUGUGUGAAUGAUCAUUGCAGUUUGAGUGUUUGCUACUCAGCCCUUUAGUAUGCCAGUUUUAAACUUGUACUCGAAAACCACAUUGCGAAUAACGGCGCAGUAGAGUGUAAAUGUAAUCUAAACUUUUAAUAAAUAAUUAAAUUUUUCCUUUAACAAAAAACUAAAUUUGACUCAUUAAUUCAAUCAUUUUCAAUGAAUUAAUAAACAUUAUUAUUUAUAAUAAGGAAACUACAUAAUCACUUCAGUAAGAAGGACUUUUGUGACGAUCUUUACAGCUGCACCCGAUCUAUUUAAUAAAUUUUUUAAUUUCUUUAUUUUAUCUAUGAACAAAAAAAUACAAACUCUUAAUUAAAUAUGGCUAAUUAAAAUGUCACCCAAACUCCUCUACUGCCGAAGCCGUUGUAAUGCAAUGUAUUUAUAUAAAUAAUAGUUUGUGUAAGCUUAUUGAUUACAAUUUAAUGUGUAUAUUUAAACAAAAUCAAAAUGUACUAUACGAUGUGUGUAAAUAACAAACUUAAAUUUAAUUACGGCGUAACCGAGCGUUUGGCGAAGAAAAUAACAAAAAAAAUGUGUAUCACAAACAGAACAGAAAUGAGUAAUCUCUAUGGCCAGUGGCACUGAAUCUUUUAAUAAAUUAUUGAAUAAUCAAAUAAAGUGCAGUGUACAGUGCAGUAUUAAAUAAUUAGAUAAAAACGUAGACAAGCCAAAUAAGCCAGCAAAAUGAGAGCAGCAGUGAGUCAUAAAACAUUUAAAUUGAUUGCCAUAUCAUGCAAAUAUUUGCACUGCGCAAUUUUCCACCAAACAAAAUGUAAAUUUGAUUUUCUGUUUAAUUCAGCCAAUCAAAUACAAUUUAUUUAAUAUUUCAUUGCAGUGAUAUUAAUGACACGUUUAUAUAAUUGACGGUAGACCAAGUUGUCUCAUUUCGAAAUGUUUAUUAAAUGUUGCGCCAUAUUUAUCUAACAAUUUCUUUAAAUUUGCCGAAAUUUAAACACAAUGGCUUUAUUUGAAUGCCACAUCCGGUUUUAAGCCAUUAGUUUAAUAAUGGCUUGCCAUUAGUUUCGCAAUCUUAAUUAAAAACUAUGUUGUCGUGUUAAUUGACCACCAAUGGCGCAACUUUAAUUACAACAAAUGGUAAAAGUGUACAGCGAAAACAAAAAUAAUUAAAAAGUAAUCCUACUCCACCCAAUAAAUUGAUUUAAUUAGUAAUUCAAAUGUAAAAAAUUGGAAUAGGUAUGAUUUCACGUAACAAAAUUCUGUUGACAUACAGCAAAUAUUAUAGCUCAUAGUUGUUAUAAUUAUAAAACAACAAUUCCAUUUGGCAGACCUGCAAAUUAACUAACACUCGCCGCUGUAAUCGAACGAUAACCCAUUCAAAUUUAUUGAGAAUGCUCGGCCAAUUAAAAUGUGAUGUGAUUUUCCCCAUCUUAUGUAUGUUUGAACACAAUUAUAAUGCAACAUAAUUCCGAUUUAUGCAACGCCAUUUGGUUUGCUGCGGCAAAGCUAGUUUUAUUAAUUUUCGUUAAUCGGUAAAAAUAAUGUUAGUCAUAAGCUUUUGGCAAAUUGUACCAUAAACGAUAAUGUCACUUCCCACCACACAGUUUCGAAUCAGACAAAAAUUUAAACUCCAAUUCUCCGAUGAACUUCCGAUUGUUUUCUAUGUCUGCCGUUUAAGCAAAUGGAAACCAUGAAAAUUAUAUUAAUUUACUCUUGCUUCGAAUCAUUUGCAUUUUAAAUGCCAGGUUCGAGCAACUUGUGUUUCUGACUACAGCUAAUCUAAUAAUUGUUAAUGCAACCAAUCAAAACUAUAAGCAGUCGCCCCACAAAACAUGAAACAUAUGAAUAUGCGUACUUGAGUUUAAGUGUGGGCACGAACAUAUGCCAGCCAAUUAGAAAUUCCAAAUCAACGAAAUGCUAAUGCUAUAAGCCACAAGCAUUUGCCAUUAAACUUUAAAGCGCAGUAAAUAAAUCGACAUACAUACAUACAUAUAUAUACUCGUAGGACAUCAGCUAAGUAAUUCCUGUAUAUUAAAGUUAAUUAGUGAAGCUCUAGAAUUAUGCAAUAGUCAAGUAAAUUUACGUGCUAUGUAUGUGAACUAACGACAUAGUUAAAUAGUUGUAAUAAAGCAAUCGAACUGUAUAAAACGAACUACUUUUAACUGUUGAAAACCUACAGCCUAAAUGGCAAACUAGUGAAAGCAUUAUAAAAAUAUGACAUCAUAAAGAAACAUAGCAGAGCAUUACAAUAAUAAACAAAUAGAAACGAUAACAAAAGCCAAACAACACGGCCGGAAAACGAGCGAAAACACUGAGUUUGUUGUUUGUCUUUUGCGCCAUGAUUGUCGCCACAGUAUUGUAAAACAACAAAUGACAUGAGCGAAAAACAAAAAA